AUGUCCACCUUUAUGGACGGUACAAGAAGGUAUGGGAUACCGUCGUGUUUUCGCUCCGAUCACGGAGGGGAAAACGCUGAUGUCGGCAGAUUCAUGGAGUCGAUUAGGGGGCGAGAUCGAGGUUCACAUAUACAAGGUUCGUCUGUGCACAAUCAGCGUAUUGAGAGGCUGCACAGGGACACUACACGGUGUUGUCUCUCUAGCUUUUACACAGUGUUCGACCACAUGGAGAACGAAGGGAUUCUCGAUCUUUCUAAUGACACAGAUGUUUCCUGCCUUCACUACGCAUUUCUUCCACGCAUCCAUAGAGCAUUGGAAGGAUUUCGCCUGGGCAGGAAUCAUCAUUGCCUAAGAACGGAAGGGAAUAAAACCCCGUAUCAGAUAUGGAUAGCUGGCGUGAUAGGUGACGCCUAUCGGGGGUACACCGCAGUCCAGGACAUAUUGAACCCCGAUUUGACAGUGUAUGGAGUAGGAAGGGACAGCACAGAUUUGUGUGUCAACGAUGACAAUGAAACUGUGACUGUGUUAGAACCUAAGUGCCCUCUUUCUGAAGAUCAGAUGUCAAUUUUGAAAGGAGAGAUUGACCCCUUGUCUAAUAGUACAAAUUUUGGUGUUGAUAUCUACUUACGAACAGCAGAUUGCGUUGCG